ACGGAGUGUAAACAAAGGCCCAUCUUCACGUGCAACAUAUUACGACACUCAUCUUCUGAAGACAUUGCCGUUGACCUCAUGUUCUUCGAUUUGGCAAGGGCAUCGUACAAAAUGAUAAUCGUCUAGCUUCUGUGGGACUGCUUCUCAUAGCCAUGAUACGAUGGCGGUCCUCUCUAAUAUCUUCGGACUCUUUUGGGGGCUGAUGCGAUGCUUCCUCCUUAUGAUAUGGGUCGAUCCUUGGACAAAGCCACCGCCAGUAAGAGAGGGUAAGAGCAUCAUCACGUACGAACAAUGGUACGCAGCACAAUAUGAAAAGGAUGCCAUUCGCGGUGUCGACGAUUGGGUGGUCAGCCCUCGCGACUCAAGCUAUGACUGGCAAAUAGUCAAGAGUUUGAAAAAGGAUCUCGAACGUUGCCGACUACUGGGCGACGACCGGGGUCUUUGCAGUCAGCUACGUGCCCAGAGCUCCCGCAAUAUGGGUCGUAUUCUGUCACCGUCCUUGUAUCGGAAAUCGAACGUCCAGACCAAACGACUCAUACACGACUACAUCAAGGAAGUUCGUUUGUGCAUUGCUCAUAUCUCCGACCGAAACCACAUCGCCAAUAAUGUCAAUACCCUGGUGUCAGCUCAAGAGAAGCGACAAGUCCUCCAAGACAUGCGCACAGCACUUGGCCGCACGACACUCGUUCUCCAAGGUGGCGCAAUGAUCAGCAUGUGCCAUUUGGGGGUUGUCAAGGCUCUCUAUUUACAACGACUCCUACCACAGAUCAUUACGGGCACUGGGACGGGAGCACUGAUCGCCGCUCUUGUUAGUACCACCCCCGAUGAAAAUCUGCUUGCCGUGGUCAACGGGAGUAAUAUCAACCUCGACGCUUUCCAUCGUGCCCAGCAUGAAUACACCAAUGGCGAGAUGAACUCGUGGUCUGGCUCACUGAAACGACGUUACAAGAGAUACCGGGCUUCACACCACCUCUUCGACAUCGACGUCCUUCGAGAUUGCGCACGAGACAAUCUCGGUGACAUCACUUUCGAGGAGGCCUAUGCAAAGACCGGCCGAAUCCUGAACAUCACCAUCGCCAUGUCCGAGGUCGCCGGUACGCCUCAAUUGCUCAACUAUAUCACCGCACCUCAUGUCUUGAUAUGGUCGGCGGUGGCCUCUUCGAUUGCGACAUCUAAGGAAAUGUACGCACCGGUUCAGCUGCUUUGCAAAGGUGAUACAGGCGCCAUCACUCUGCAUUUUGCUGCGGACUUUUCGGGAAGAGGAGGCCUACGACAGGCCUCGGUUCAUCCGGAGGCGCCCUUGACGCGGAUUGGAGAGUUGUUCAAUGUCAACCAUUUUAUUGUGUCCCAGACCAGGCCGUAUGUGGCCCCGUUCGUUCAACUGCAAAAAUUCGCCGACCGAUACCAACCACUGGGUAUAUUGGUCCGUCUGUGUCUGAACGAGCUGCUGCACUGGCUAGAAAUCCUGAACGGGUUCGGCUUUGUUCCUACAAUACUUCAACGUGUCUUGGUGGAUGAGAUCGUCCCGAGUUUCGCAUCAUGGUCGAAAAUAUCCAUCACGCCAGGCAUUGGGCUACACGACUUACUCACUAUGUUUGAUACUCCUACUCGAAGUAUGUUGCAAAAAUGGAGUGCUCGAGGGGAAAGGUGCACCUGGCCAUCUAUAUGCGAGCUGCAGUGCCGGUGUGACAUCGAGCUGGAGCUGGAGGCUGCGUACGCCAGCAUCCGCCGAAGGACUGUGGUACCAUCGAUAUCAAUCACCUGAAUCCAAUGAGAAUGAGCAACCGGAAAUACCAUGACAAUGGCGGUUGAUUGGGUUGCCUUCCUUGGGAACUACAUAUCGUGUGGCUAUCUCAAGCCUGGAUCUGUGGCUGUGCAUCUAUUGUGGCGUUCCUCGCGUCGAUCGACACUGACAAACUUGACCUUCG